GUCAUUUGUUUUUGUUUACCUGCAGAUUAUUAGCAGUGUUUAGCAAUGUCACCUUCUCCGAUCCGAUGCCGUGGGCCGUGGAAAAUUCAAAAGCGUACAUCAGAGCCCGAUCGUUGGCUCGACGAGAUGGGCUUUUUUCGCAAACAUACAGCUAGAGACUCCAGCUGUCUUUUUAGGGCAGUAUCGGAAAACAUAUACAACACACAGCGUUACUACCACACAGUUAGAAUAAAUUGCAUUGAAUUUAUGGCUUCUAACAGGCACCUUUUUGAAGGGUCAUUGAGUUGCCCCAUUGAAAAUUAUCUCAAAGAGAUGUCAAACCCUUCAGAAUGGGGUGGAAUUAUUGAGGUAUCAGCUAUGAGCCAUUUGUAUAGACGAGACUUUGUAAUAUUUGAAGCAAACAAAGGUCCACAAACAAAUAUAUGCAAUGGUUAUGGCAAUACUAUAUAUUUAUUCUAUUCCCCCGACACAAAACACUUUGAUGCAGUAUACACCAAAGAAUUUAUUAACAACUCUGCAUUUUGUCAAUCGCUUGUGUAUGAACUUCUGUAUGAUCGAGUGUACCAUUUGGAGGAUUUGUCUUAUGCUAUUGAAAAAAUGCUCCAUGACAAAGUUUCAAGCAGCCACAUUGAAUAUUUCUUGCCGGAGAAUGUAGAGCGAUGCAAAAAGCAGAAAGAGCGAGCAAAGAUAUUCGUUGAAGAAACUAAUGAAGAUGAUAAAGAUAAAAACAACAAUGCACUGACAUUGAAAUGUAAACAUCAUACCAAUGAUAUUGAGAAAGCGAGCCUGUUUAAGGAAUCAUUGAGCAUCUUUGUGUUCAAUCGUAGUCUUAUACAGCUUGAGAAUGUGUGUAUCAACUGCCUGAACGUAAACAGUGCUAAAGUGCUCCUUGAUAAUGGAAUAACACCAUUUCCUUAUAAAGUAGCAAAGGCUUUAGAUCCUGACAUUUAUCGCAACAUUGAAUUUGAUGUUUGGAGCGAACUGAGAAGAGAAUUACGGUUCGGUGCUAGAUAUUCAGAUGGUACUACUUUGCAAGUGGGUGUAAAAUGCUUAUGCAAGUUAGCAGUAGAUCAGGCUGUGCCAUACCAUUGUCACAUUCAAGAAAUGGGGCAGGAUGGUGGUCCAUGUUUAGUUUUUAUUGAAGAGCUGGGAGAGAAACGCAUAGUAAACUUUGAUCAAUUGGAACCACUGCCAGUAGAGGAAAUUAAACCUUGGGCGCCUCCAUACAGAUACUCCCGAGCCAAUUCUCAAUUGCUCAAUCUUAGCCAGAUGCUGCAACAGAUAGGUAACAUCGCGCGUAAACAAGGAUUAAAAGCGAACAAAAAAUCAAAAACGGACGAAAUAAAAGUAUCCGAGAAGGAAAAAUGUAAAAUAGAUUGGAGCGAGGACAAAACAGAUGUGUCUUAUGCCACUUAUUAUCCCACUUACCAACAUCUGGACUAUUAUAACUUUCAACCAUUACCAGUUGAAAUAGAAGCGGUUCCCCUGAUGGUGGACUGUCGGACAGCGGGCGCUCAGCCCCAAGAGAUCAACGGCUCUGCGCCGGAUAACCACACUCAGCAAUCGGGCGGUGGGGACGUUGGCAACACCGUCAGCUCCUCUGCACGCGCUUCCACGCCAGCUACCACCAAUUCGAUCACCACUUAUACUGGUGCGAACCCGGCGCCGCUCACGCACAUGUCGUCGGGCGUGCCGUACAACUGCGCGCCGUACAUGUGCGGCGUGAAGUCGGUGGUGUGGUGCGCGCCGCACUCGCCGCAGCUGGCCGGCGCGCACGCGCCGCCGCCGCCGCCGCACGGCGUCAACCCGCACGUGUACAAGAGCGUGCAGGCGAACGGGGCCGAUUUGCCUAUGAACGACAUAGCGACGCUCCGCUACUACUUCAACCUGGGCGUGGAGUGUACGUGGGCGGCGUACGGGCCGCCGCAGCCGCCGCCUCACGCGCCGCACCACCCGCCGCCCAGGCACUACUCGCCGGCCGCCGUCGCGCAGGACAUGCAGCAGAUGUCGCUGCACGACCGCGCGCCGAACCACGACAAGCACAAGCCGAACGAUAAGCCCCUGGGACCUUCCGCGCCCAAGGGCAACGGCCAGAGGCCCUUGUUGGGGCCACGCUUCAAGCGCGGCAACAACCAGGACAAUAACCAGAGCAACAAUCACAACCAGAAUAAAGGGCAUAACAACAACAUGUCCAACAAGGGACCGAACAAUCGCCGCAACUCGUACGUGGACAAUCGCACGCCCUCGUACGAGGAGGGGUCCGUAGGGGUGGGGGGCGGGGUCGUAGAAGCGCCCCUGCUGACCUUCCCCUACGCGCCCUACCCCCCGCCGAUAUACCCGCUGCCGUAUUACCAUAUUGAUGAGCCUGCAAUGAUGGGCAUGAUGAGCGGCAUGAACACGAUGGGCUACGUGUACGAGGAGGGCAUGGAGUUUGGCGUGCAGCCCGUGUACGGCGCGCCGCCGCCCUACCCGCCCGUGCCGCACGCUCCACACGUGCCUCACCAGCCGCACGUGCCACACACGCCUCACGUGCCGCACCAGCCGCACGUGCCGCACCAGCAGCACCAGCCGCACGUGCCCCAUGUGCAGCACGCGCAGCCGAUACAUGAACAUAAGUAGAGGGGAGGUGGAUUAAGGUUGUAUGGGUUAGGGUUGCCACUAUUUUGAUUCCAUGUGCUCAUAUUCUUUUAGUAGCGUCAAUAUAAUGUUACUUUUUGUGAAAUAAAUGUUUCAGCCUUGUUAUAUAUUCCAAAAAAACAAAGUGUGAUGAGUCAAGUAAUCAUACAUGAUGAUAUCACGAUAUUCUAAUUAAGUUUUAAAAUUUGGAAUUUUUUAUUUUGUUGCAUUUAAUUGAAAGUAUGAUAUUACUGUAGAUUGCAGUUUUAUUUGAAUUUUUUCAUUUUUUCUGCUAAAAUUCAAAGUAAAAAUGUCUUGUAUGUUUCAGUUUAGAGUUCGCAUAUUUUUCUAUUGUUUGACAAUAUGAACAAUAUGAAACGGUAAAGGAUCAGUGGCAACCCUAAUUAUAAUACUCCAAAUCUAAUAGUAGUUCAUUCAGAGUCACUAACGUCCAUUUUCCAAAAUGGUUAAAUUCUUAAAGAAUUUUCAAUAACUUAUAUCAUGAAAAUUAAUACUCUAUUAUAAUUUAUCUGUAUUAUUUUCCUACACACUUGAUUUAAUGAUCUGGUAAUAAUACUAGAUUUUAAAUUAGUAAACCUGAAUGAACUACUUUGUAGAUUAAGUCGAAGCCUGACAUGAUAUGUAAGUGGGACAGUAAUCGCCUUCAACCAUCGUUUUAAAUGUCUGUUUUAAUUUAAACUCUAGAAAAAGAAAUAUUGAGCCUGAUAAUAAGAACCAUCAUAUAUAUACUGAUGGAAAAAUGUAGGAAUAUUUUGGUUUACGGUAAUUUGUAUAGAAUUUCAGUAUUAUAAAAUAGUUCAAGAGUAUAUUCUUCAAGAGAGUUAUAAUAGUUCAAGAAAUUAAAGAUCUCUUAAAAUAAAAUAUAUCAAACUCGUAACAAUCAAUAUAAAAAUACCUAUAUUUUUCCCAACUUAGAUAAUUGAAAAGUUUUACAGUCACUUUAAUCUUCAGAUUAUCAUUAAAAAUUAUUAUUAUAUAUAGGCGAUUACUGUCUUUCUUUUGAACUAACUGCUCAACAUUUUGAAACAAAGCUAUUUUGAAAACAACUAGUUUGUGUUUAGGUAACAAACGAAAAAAAUAUAUCAAAAUCAUCUAAAUAAAUGAAUGCAAUAUGUUAACAUGCUGAAAUAAAACUUAAAAGACAGAUUUUAUUACCAAAAAUGUCUGAAAAAUAGUUUUGUUGAUUGUUUUAAUGCAUAUUUACAUUUAUUUAGAAUCACGGAUCCGCCAUUUUGACAUAUCGGAACGAAUUUUUGACUUUUUUCUAUAAUCUUUGGAAGGAAUUAUAACUUAUUUGAUCUGAAAUUUAAAACUACCGGCAAGGGAGUUAAGUGUGUACUUAAAAUAACAUGUAAGUUACAAAAAAGGUUUUGGUGUUUAAAAUUAAAGAAAGCAACGAUUACGUCAUCGAAUAUUACAUAAAAAAUGCCGAUUGGUAUUCGAAAGUGAAAAAAAA